UCUACACGACGCACGACUAUUUUAUACAUUCGUAAUAAGUUAACAAAACUCGUUGAAAAUGCAUUCAUCAAAAUGGUAGAGUCGUUGCAAAUGUUUUUAUUCCUUUUCAAAUCAAAAUACAGACGAAAAUGUUCUUGGUUCUCGCCCUUUUUGUGUUCAGUUCUCAUAGUGUUAUUGUUUUGUAAUGGUGUUCUAUCAAGGUGUAGUGACCACAACUGUGUAAAUGGUGUGUGUAGAAAUGAUACUUGCGUGUGUAAUGAGGGCUGGCAGGGUCCUGAGUGCCAGCACUGCGGCGGGAAGAUCAAGCUGACCGAACCGACGGGCAUCAUAACAGAUGGCGCUGGCAAUUACAGCGUCAGUACACAAUGCUCCUGGCUGAUAUCUCCCCCGUGGCUCGGGCCAGGGCCGCCCGCGAUACGGGUGCGGCUCGAGAGCUUCGCGACGGAGUGCGGGUGGGACCACAUGUAUGUUUAUGACGGGGAUAGUGUUAGGGCUGAACGGUUGCUGGCCGUUUUUAGCGGCGUCCUCGAAGAAGGCGAGUCCGGUUGGAGCCGGCAAGUCAUAGCGCGCUCCGGCAGUGUGCUGAUACAUUUUUUCUCAGAUGAUGCGUACGCUAUGGAAGGCUUUAAUGUCACGUACGCGGCGUAUUCAUGCCCGUCGAACGAUCAUCGUACUAAUUGUUCUAAUCAUGGUGAAUGCGAGGAAGGUACUUGUCGUUGUGAAUCUGACUGGAUUGGAGUGGCCUGUGAUCAGCCUCUAUGUCCUGACAAUUGCAACGCCCAAUACGGCGCCGGGCAGUGCACGCGCGACGGUUGCUCUUGCACGCCCUCGCGCCGCGGGCUGAACUGCAGCCGCGACGCUUCGCUCGCUUCGUGGGCGUGGGGCUGGCGGGAGCGGGGCGAGGGCGGGGAGCCGCCGGGGGAUCAGCCGCCGCCCGCCGCAGGACACCAGCUGCUCGAGUACGGGGAUGAUUUAUUGCGCGUGGGCGGCGAGACCUUCGCGCCGGCCGAGUUUGUGUAUAGAUACAAAACAGCCAAGCGUGAGUGGGUCGCUAUGGAGGCGAAAGGCGAGAUCCCAGCUCUACGAUUUGCCCACUCUGCCAUUAUUUAUGGCAAUGAGAUCAUUGUCUAUGGUGGAGUGGUUGCGUCUGAUGAACCAGAUAGAGGCGGAGGCCUAGCCGGCGUCGAGGGACGCGGGGGCGAGGUCACGAACGAGGUGUGGCGCGGGCAAGUGGACGCGACACACGUGACGUGGCGCAACGUGACCCCCACCACGUGCUCGCCGCACAGGCAGCCGCCGUUCAAGCACUGCGGUGGAUUGCACCUGUCCGGACACACAGCACUUUUCGUCCGUCUGGGCAAAACUAAGAAACCAGUGAUGUUGGUGUUCUUCGGUCAUUCACCGCACUAUGGAUAUAUGCAUCUUGUACAGGAGUUCUACAUAGACGAGGGGGUGUGGUCAGUGUCCCAGACGAGGGGUUGGCCGGCGCGGGCCGGGUUCGGUCACACGGCCGUUUUUGACCCACUUUCCAAAAGGGUGUAUGUACAUGCUGGUCUAGUGUCCGAGUCGGAGGCUACGCAGGCGCCAUCAGCGUCUCUAUACGAGUACGAAAUAGAGACACGAAUAUGGCGGCCAUUGCCGAAUGCGCCUACGCCGAGAUAUCUGCAUUCCGCUGUUUUUGUGUCACCAGGUGUAAUGCUAGUGUUCGGUGGCAAUUCACACAACGAUAGUGCAGUGGCGACGGUGUCUAAUCCGGCGAGCGCUAAGUGCUUCUCUGGAGCCGCUAUGUUGUAUGAUGUUAGAUGUGGUGUAUGGUUACAAGCUCCCAGUGGUCCGUCAUCCGCUAGAGUGGCGAGUGCGGCCACGCUAUUGCCACAGACAGACAGACGAACAGCUAUUAUAUAUGGGGGUUUCGACGGGCGUCUCCGUUCCGACGCGUUAACGUUCACAGUGGGCGAGAAAUGUUCGACACGCACAGACGAAGCCGCGUGUUUAAACACUGCGCAAUAUGGAAACGCUUGUGUGUGGAAACCAGCAGAUAGUCUGUGUGUCGCUAUCGAGGAAGUUGGUUGGAAAGAGUCAUUCGAUAGUUCUGUAAAGGCUUGCCUUGCACCACCUGUUUUUGACGAGCGCCGCUGCAGUACGGCGGAGUCGUGCGAGUCGUGCGCGGCGGCCGGCUGCGCGUGGUGCGGCGCCUGCGUGCCCGCGCCGCUGCACUGCGCCAGGCACAAGCACCAGAUGGCCGUCACAGUAGAGGAGUGCGGUCCGAGCGGGGUGGGGGGGGAGGUGUGCGGGCGGUACCACUCGUGCGCGGCGUGCCAUGCGCACCUACAUAGACAUCCGCAUGGUACAGAAGAGCUGAGCCAGCGUGCAUGUUACUGGGAUUACGACUCUGUGAAAUGUCGCCCCGCUAACACUACGACUGAUAUAAGGAGCGUCGCAAGCGCCGGCGGGGGAUGUAACGCUGCGUGCGCGACGCUAACGACGUGCGCUAAUUGUACCGCUGAGGAGUGUAUUUGGUGCGCGUCCACUGGACGGUGUGUUGAUAAGAACGCAUACGGCGCGUCGUUCCCGCUGGGCGGUUGCCGCGCGUGGUCAACCAACGGUUGCGGCGCCGCUACAGCUACAUCGGGUGCGCACGCUGGCGGGUGCGGUGCACACUUAUCCUGUGCAUCGUGCCGCGCGGAGCCCGCGUGCGGCUGGUGUGACGACGGUGCGGGGGGCGGGCGGGGCGCGUGCCUGCCCGGCGGGGAGCGCCGCCCGCACCACCCGCACGUGUGCCCGCACCGACGAUGGCACUUCACGCGCUGCCCGGCGUGCCAGUGCAACGGGCACGCGGUGUGCGACGUGUCGGCGCGCUGCGUGCAGCCGUGCGCCGCGCGUGCUGUGGGUGCGCACUGCGACACGUGCGCGCCCGCGCACUGGGGCUCGCCGCUCAACGGGGGCGCGUGCCAGCCGUGCGAGUGCAACGCGCAAGCAGUCUCCUGCGCAGCGGACACGGGGCGGUGCUACUGCAGCACCAAGGGGCUGGCGGGCGACCGCUGCGACAAGUGCGACAACACCAACCACUACCACGCCGACCUGUACAACAAGGGGUGCUAUUACGAUCUCGCCGUCGACUACCAGUUCACAUUCAACCUGUCCAAAAAGGAGGAUCGUCACUUAUCAGCGAUCAACUUCCGGAACGCGCCGGUCAAACCGGAUGUGGACGCGGAUUUCAGUAUCACGUGCUCUGCGCACGCGCGGAUGAAUCUCACCGUGCGAACUCGGGCUGAUCCAGCGGAACGGACGCUGUUCAGUGAUGUUAAUUGCACUAAUUUUAGAUACAAACCGUUCCAAUACAGAUUCGCGAAAUCGGAGCACGCUUUCGGCGUAGAGGACAACGUCACACUGACCACAUUCUUCGUGUACGUGUACGACUUUAGACCCCCGCUGUGGAUACAAAUAUCGUUCUCGCAGUACCCUAAGUUGAAUCUGCAGCAGUUCUUCAUUACUUUCUCCUCGUGCUUUCUAUUGCUACUGCUCGUUGCGGCUGCACUGUGGAAGAUUAAGCAGAAAUACGACUUAUACAGAAGAAGACAGCGGCUAUUUGUCGAAAUGGAACAAAUGGCGUCGCGUCCCUUCAGCCAAGUGUGUGUCGAGCUUGAGAGGGGAGGGGCUGGCGGCGGUGUCCCAGCCCCGGUAGCACUAGAGCCGUGCCGCUGGGGCCGAGCCGCAGUACUGUCACUGCUGGUGCGCCUGCCGACCGGCGGCACGGGCCGGGCGCCGCCGCUGGGCGGGCUCGCUGUGGCCUCCGCGCUCGUCACGCUCGGACACCACGAGCGGGAUAGGCCACGGAACCACAACCAGUGUAAAUAACGAAUGUAAGUGUAAAUAGAGACGGUAUUGCUCAAGCGCGCUUCGUAUGAUACUCACAGUGUGUAUAUGUAAAAACUGUUGCCUCGUAAAUAUGUUAAUAUCGGUAUAGACGACUAGAUGGCGCCACUAGUAUCAUAAUAUAACGUGAUAAACUUCAUACUAAC